GUUCACAGCUGUCACAGAUAGGUGGCUUGUGGCCGCGCGCAGCCGCCGUAAAUGGUGUGAACUGACGGAUCAGGUAAGCGCUGUUAAUUCAGCCUGUCUGCGACGCAACAACAGGUGAAUGAAUGACUGCGACGGAGGCUUUAAUCGUUUAUCGCCACUAAAUCAAGGAAAUAAAGAUGUGAUGUGGAAUAUUUUAGUCGGAAUUGUCUGGCUGUAAAGUUGGGACGCGUCGCGGACACUUGUCCGAGUUACUGCAGUUUGAAAUGACAUAAGGGUACUGAGAUCAGACAUGUUGUCAGGGGAGGAAAUCUUAUGCAGCACCCAGCAGGUGAUCGCAGGGCUGGAGGCUUUGCGUGGAGAGAACCGCACGCUGCUGGACAGCCUGCAGGAAACGCUCCAGAGCCAGACGUCCAGCGAGAGCGGCAGCCUGGAGCAGGAGAAGACCAGCAUAAUUUUAGAGUCUCUGGAGAGGAUUGAGCUGGGCUUAGGAGAGGCACAAGUAAUGAUGGCGCUGUCAGCACACCUGGGCUCCUUGGAGGCAGAGAAGCAGAAGUUGCGUGCUCAAGUGCGGAGGUUGUGCCAAGAGAACCAGUGGCUGAGGGAUGAGCUGGCCCGGGCCCAGCAGCAGCUACAGGAGCGAGAACAGGAAGUGGUUACUUUAGAGGAGCAGAACAGACACCUGCAGUUCAUGAGCAGCAUCCGCAAGUACGACCACGAAGAGCAGUCUCUGGAGGAUAAAGAUGCUUCUUCAGGGAAGGAGUCCCUUGAUGAUCUCUUUCCUACUGAAGAAGAGGAGCAAUCACACAUGUCUCGGCCACACAGUAGUGCCGCCGCUGCUGCCCAGCAAGGAGGAUAUGAGAUCCCUGCCCGACUCCGAACGCUCCACAACCUGGUGAUCCAAUACGCCUCUCAGGGCCGCUAUGAGGUGGCCGUGCCGCUCUGCAAGCAAGCUCUGGAGGACCUGGAGAAAUCCUCGGGCCACAGCCACCCAGAUGUUGCCACCAUGCUCAAUAUCCUGGCUUUAGUGUACAGGGAUCAGAACAAAUAUAAGGAAGCUGCCAAUCUCCUGAAUGAUGCAUUGGCCAUCCGUGAGAAGACGCUAGGCAUGGACCAUCCAGCUGUGGCCGCUACUCUGAAUAAUCUGGCCGUGUUGUAUGGAAAAAGGGGAAAGUACAAAGAGGCAGAGCCACUGUGUAAAAGAGCUCUGGAGAUCAGAGAAAAGGUGCUUGGGUUGGAUCACCCUGAUGUAGCCAAGCAGCUGAAUAACUUAGCCCUCCUUUGCCAGAACCAGGGCAAAUACCAGGAGGUGGAGCAGUACUAUGAACGUGCCCUGCACAUUUACCAGAGCCAGCUGGGUCCUGACGAUGCCAAUGUCGCCAAGACGAAGAACAACCUGGCCUCCUGCUACCUCAAGCAGGGCAAAUACAGGCAAGCUGAGGCUCUUUAUAAAGAGAUUCUGACCCGUGCUCAUGAGAAGGAGUUCGGCUCAGUGGAGGGGGACGGACGGCCGGUUUGGAUACAUACAGAGGAGGGAAGCUCUAGACAGGAUGGUCUGGGAAGUCUGAAGCGCAGCGGAUCAUUUACCAAGCUCCGGGAAUCCAUAAGACGAAGCAGUGAAAAACUUGUUCGGAAGCUGAAAGGAGUUGGAACACAAGAAACGACCCCUCGAACUGCUGGGAUGAAGAGAGCCAAUUCUCUCAAUGUGCUUAAUGUGGGUCUUAAAGAGAAUCAAGAGGCUGCUAUGAACCCCAAUAGGCUGACAGACACACGGGGUCUAAGUUCCAGCACGCAGAUUUUAGCCCGCCGCGCGUCUCUGGGUGGAGACAGCUAACCUUCAGCCACACCAUAUGACAUCAGGACUGUAAUGGUCUGUAAUUACUGCAGAGAUCAUAUUUGACAAUAAUAUGAGAAAUAGGAUGUGAUAAUGAAUUCAGGCCUGCCUCCCUGAGGCACACACAUCAAAGCAGUAUGUCAAAGUGCUCCUGGGAAAGGGAAGCACACUUUGACUUUACAAAAAGAAGCUUUUUUACUUUGUUGAAAUCAGUUUGAUCUCUGUAUUUUUUUAAAAGCCAGUUGCAAUAUAAAAACUCAAAGAAAAUCUUAACUUAUUGCAUUCCAAAGCUAAGACCAGAUUUUGCUAAUAAUACUAUCCAAUAUUAAUACAUAUUCAUUCCUACAAUUACUAUAAUUUUUCCACAACCUUCACCAGGAUGCAUUUUUUCACUAAAGGUGCGGUCACAUUUACUGUUGCUUGGCAAAAUUUUGCUGGCGAAAUGCAGUCAUUCCAAUAGUAAUCCACACGAUCAGGAGUUUUGUGUGAGGGCGAAAAAGUUCCCCAUGCGGAUUUUGCUCAAGUUGGAUGCGCAAUUUUGUCACAUUGACCAAACAGAAAGCUGCCUGGUUUGAAAGUGACUUCUUCGAGAGAUGUGCUUCAUGCAUUGCUACAGUACAAAGUUUCUCUAGGGCUGUCAAAAUCAAGGCGUUAACGCAUGCGAUUAAUUUUUUCAGUUUAACACGUUAAAAAUAUUUAACGCAAUUAACGCAGCAUCCGUUUUUUCCCGUCAUCGUUUGGCUGGCAUAACAUUAUAUGAUCACACUCUUAUUCAUGCAAAUGCCAACCAUUAAACCGUUCAAGCGCAACAACACACAAAAGAGAACGCAGUGCGUUACUGGCCCGUGCUCUCUGUGAAUCUCCUUUGUGACACCCAAACGACUUGUGCGCACAGAAAGCCACUUCAGACAGCGCUUGAACGGACAAAAACACAAAAUUAUGCCAAAAUGCCAGUUUUCUCUAAUAUCCUCGCAAGCACAAUCUUAAAUGAGUAAAAUGAAUGAAUGUAAAGAGUUCGUAAAGAGAAAAAAAAAUGAGAUGGGUAUCAGAUCUGCGUCAUGUGCGUCAGGUCUUAAAAGGUGCUCUAUGUAAGAAUGACAGCUAGUGGUUGAAAUGGGUACUGCAGUCCAAAUUCAAAAUAUUGUUUGCCCCGCCCCCUCCUCCUCAGACUCGAAGACACGCAACAGGAGCGAGAUCAAUAGGGGUUAUGCGAAAUCUAACUUCCUUAUUCUGUAAAACAGAUCAGAUCGCUUCCGGUUUAGGUCUUUUGUAUGUGCUUCAUGAAAAAAUUUGCUGUUUUAUUCAAGAUAACUUAAAAGGAGCGAGCAAAGAUGAGCAUAACUGAUGUCCCCUGCAUAUGCAGAUUGAUAUUUAAAAGCUUUUUUCAUUUUUCUUCUUCACACUAACGUUUAGAUAUUUAAUAGAAUAAAACACCUAUAAUAAUGUGAACUAGGUAGUUUCACUGAUUACCUUAAAAAUCCAUAGAUAUUCCGUCAGUUCAUACUGCUGUUAACACUUUCUCUGACAAGCGGAUGCAAUGAGACCAGGUUUCCGGUUUGGUCAUGUGACGUUGGACAUAUUGGAAUUGGAAGGCGAGGAGACUUACACACUAUAAGUUGAUUAGUUGAUUUAUUGAUUUAUAAUGAGUCGAUAUCACGUUUUAAUAUGCUCCCGUUCAUAGAGAUUUUUAGAUGGAUGCUCAGGGUUUUUAGGUCGGGUAGAAUCUGCGAUCUCUGACCCAGUUUGUUCGCUGGCUUCCAUGGCUGCAAUUCCGACACGAAACGCAAAUUUCAAAGUAAAAUAACUGGCUGUAGCAAUGGUUUUCAGAGAAACGAGUAUGUGAACUCAGCUUGUUUAAUAAAUAUCUGCAAACAUAUGGUAUUUUUAUGCUUUAGUACAGUCAAAAACUUACAUAGAGCACAUUUAAAGUGACAGCAGCCUAAUAAACCUGCUGUUAUCUGUCAUUUAAAGGCACAAUUAAAAUAUCCAAAAACCACUAGAACAAUAUUAUAUAUUUUGUUGACUUAUGUACUUACAUUAUCCCAAAUGUUUCCAAGAAUGUUUAAAUCCAGAGAAAUAAGCAAUUUUAAUCAAUGACAUCAUACCCGUGUUACCCUCGAUAUCCAGUUUUAUUUUGUAGAAACCAUGGAAACACCAAAGACACUUUCAUAUAUUAUGUGUUUUAUUAGACAGGUAAGCAACUGUUUGGACACAUUCAUUGACAGAAACUAAUCAUUGUUAUUUAUUAAGUCUUAUUGUUUAAAUUUCAUUGAACUUACUGCAGUAAGUGUCGAUGCCUACUAUGAGCCGAGCGAACACACAGAUUAGCAUUAUAACAACUUUCAACACACAAAUGUAUCUUAACAUAAUAAAACAGUGCGGCGUUACCCCACAUACUCAUGACUGGAAGAAGCAGAAACGCUCGUCUGCAGUAAUAAUAAAAGCUCCACUGCUCUCGAGCCAUGUGUUGCGCUCGUCUCUCAUUAGCAAUCACUCCAGCGGCCUCAUUCCGCUCCAACACCCUGCUUUCAUACUACAGUAAUGUUAAUAAAUCUUUAAUACAUUAGCUCAUCGAUAAAUAUGAUUUCUGCCUGUGUCCCGUCGGAUUCUUUUCCACCGGCUGUAGACGUGAAGACAACACCUCCCAUGAUACCGCGAAAUCAAGGCGCCAUCAAGCUAAGCCUUUGUUUUGAAUAAGCAACCUCUAGUGGCAAAAAUGACAUAUUGUGCCUUUAAGGAUAAUCAAAGAACAAAAGACAAAGAGAAAAUCACUCACUGCUCUUGACUGAAUAACUUUUGUAGCUUUAAUAAGGAUUAAUUUAUAUUUAAUUUAUCAUUUAUGCAGUAAAGACUGUGAAGUGUUUGAUAACUUUAUUCAACUUCUGUGUAUGUCCUACCUGUUUGACCUACCUGAAAAUCUUAAAGCACUGUUUACAAGGUUACAUGGGUCAAAUGUGCAAUUAAUUAGUUGAUUUUUUUAAUCAAUUGACAGCACUAAAUUUCUACAAAAUUUUGCCAAUGUGACUGCACCUUAACACUGUUUAUUUUGAAUACUGUAGCAUUAUGAGAAAUAUAUUCCAUGUUCUCACACCGUCAAUGCCCGUCAUGCAGUAAAUUAUAGUAUUGAAAAGUUUCAAAAGUUUUAAAAUCUGAUCUAAACCAGUUAAAAUUCCUAAUUAAAGCUACAUGAUGUUACAUUCCAAGAUAAAUGAAAUACAUUUCUGAGGUAAUGUCAAACAACUGUGGUACUUACUUGUGCCUAUAAAAUAAGGGACUUUUUAUUUUUCAAUUUCAAGCACAUAUUGUGUAUAUAUAUAUAGUAGAUAUAUGCUGUAAUAUUGUUUUAGUUUUAGCACAUCACAAUAGGAAGGAUUUUAUAAGAGCAGAACUUCAGGGUACAAGGGUAAUAUACAGUAUAUAACUUGUAUCUAGCUAGUGGAAGUAGUUGUUGAGAGGUAAUUUGCACCUGGAAAUCAUUGAGUUGUUACAUAACCUAAACAGUUAUGCAUGCUAUAUGGUUGAAUGUUACAUAUCUCAUGAGUUUAGAGUGUAUAAUUAUGUACACAAUGUUGCUGAUGAACCAAAUAAAAUUGUUCUACCUCUGUCUUAAUCAAAAUGUGUACUGUCAGAUAAAUAGGUGAAUGAUAGCUGAUAUGGCAUGGAAUCCAAAUCCUGGGGCCUCAUUGUUGUCUAGAAACCAUCCCACAUUUGAUACACAAGAUCGUUUCUCAAAUGUGUGUAUGUGUGAUUCAGAGAACAAAUGUACACACAAAAAAACGUGUAUGCCUCUCUUCCAGAUGUGAAAUCUAUAAAAUCAAAAAUGAUCUUGAAAUUGUGCGUAGCUGAAUGGUUUCAGAUCUUCGCCUUGUAAACGCCCCCUAAUUAAUGUCAUUAACAUAUAACAGAGCACCAGUAAACGUCCAAAUCCUUUACUACACAAGCAGCAAGAAUUGCUUAGAUUUCCAAAUACCUGCCGUACUCCGACUCUCUGCCACAUGGAAAAAUGUGUACGUCUGCUUAAAACCUGACGUGGCACUAAGUACUUUUCCACGUCAAAAGUUCUUAUAAAUAUGAAUGUUGGUGUGAAUUUUAACGUACACACACUAUAAGCUUGAAU